AUGAAUUCAUUACAAGAAAAGGUCGACGCGGUCAAGACAGCGGUGGCCAGCACCACCACCUGCACACCGGCUACUGUGGUCACCAUCAAGGAGCUUCUCCUCCCCGACGCCGAACCUGCCUCGACCGCCGCGUCCAAAACGAAAGCCGCCUCACGCGCCACAACAAAAACGACGACCGCCCGUGCCAGGGCCGGCACGACAACCACAACCGAGCAAUUGACGACGAAGGAAAAGACGGCAUUGGCUACCCACGUCAUCAAUGCCACCAUCAAGUCUCUCACCGACGCCGCGAAGCCCCAGCCAACCACCGCGCCGGCGAAGCCAACAGAGGGCGACCAGCGCCCCGCCACCGCCAACGCUGGCAAACGCACGCUCCGACGGUCACUGUCCGCGCCGCUCUCGCCCAUGCAGCCGCGCUCGCUCAACCGCGUAGCCACGUCGCCCAACGUCGUCGCCAAGGUGUCUCGGCAGGCCCCCGGGCCGUCCACGGGAUGCCUCGCCACGGCCGAGUGCGCGCGCGUCGCCUUUGCGUGCCUGCGCAACAUCAAGGGCCCGCUGGCGCGGGACCAGACGGACCUGCAGGUCGAGCACGGCAUGUCGGCGCUCGUGGGCAAGCUGACGACCCUGGGCAUGCAUGAGCAAGCGCUCAGGGAACUGCGCGUACUGCAUCGACGGCUCGACGUCGCCGCCAAACCGGAAGCGGGCAAGGCCAAGGCCAAGACGGCCGCAGUAGAGUUGCCAACAAGCAUUUCUGACCUUGUCAGCUUCAGCGCACCUGUGCCGCCUCAUUUUCUGGCAGCUGUGACGACGUGCCAGGUUCAAGUGCUGAAACUGAUUGCGUCAUCGAAGAAGCCAGAGCAUAUUGAGGCGGCGCUGCCUCAUCUCCGCGAUACCCAAGCUUGCUCUCCUGUUAAGCUCCUGUCCGCCCUCGCUAAAACUGGGAGUAAGGAGGCUUCCAAGGCUGCGCGCCAGCUAGCGUCGCUGUCGCAACUUGUCCUAUCUCUCGCGCCGAGCAUUUCUAGCCAGGAGGACGCUGUCGCUACAGAGCCACGUAUCAGUCCCUCGCCGCUCACGGCUUUUGAGCUACAGACACUGGCAUUUACUUGCCAACUUAGGUGGUGGAACAUAGGAGGUCACUCUGGCAAACUCGACGAGGAGCUGCUGUCACCGCUCUCGCGCUGUCUCCGCGCAUUCGCUCGACGGUUCACAUCGAAUGAUGCUGUGCUGUACAAAACCAUGGCGGCUUCGGUAGAUGUACUGCUUGAGCUUGCCAAAACCUGUGGGUAUGCUCCCUCUGUAUCGCCAACAGCACCCAUCGCCGCCAUUUACCAAAUUCUUGGAACCUCUGCCUAUACUGCGAAGAAGUAUGACGAAGCGGCCGAAUGGUUCAAGAACUUGCGGUCGACCAUUGAGUCGCCCGAAGACGCCAUGGUACGGCAUGCCUCCAUCUGCGCAUGGCUCCUUGCUGCGGUACUCAAAGGGACGAAAGAGGCCGAAGAGACCGAGCAGCUUGCGCAGUCUGCCCUGGAGAGCUUGGAUGGAAGCCUUAGUGGUACUGCUUCGGAACUGAACGAGCUUCUUGACAGCCUGUCACUGGCCAGACGCUCGGUCGUUGGCCGUCUUAUGGAGUCUAUGAACCCAUCGCAACCCGCAAGUCGCAGACCCGAUGCCGUCGACGAUAUACUCAAGACAUUCGUUCUCCGCUACCCUCGCUUCGUCCGCCGAUGGCUAGGAAAUGUCCCGAAUAAGGAUGCCUCCCCUAAACACAUUCUGCAGUUUGACCAACGUCGUCAAGUCGUUAUGAAAACCAUUAGCCAAACGCUUGACGGGACUCUCAUGGUGGUCAAGUGUGACGUUCAGAAUGCCACGGCCGAGUGGCAACCGCUGGAUGAUGUGUUGCAGCAUUGUUCUACUCUCCUCGAAACACUUGCCGACCCCUCACAAUCUCCCGCCAAGACUGAACAACUCAAUAAUUACCUCGUCAAGAUUUCCAGUCUGUAUUUUGCCAAGUUUUCACAACUCCGAAAGCACUCUCAGAGGAAGCGAGAGGAGAACAAGCAGAUUUUACAAACCCUUAGCCGCUCCAUCGACACUGUCAAGGAUCUUUCCGCUGCAGAAAGAGAGCGGGCACAGCUUUCCACGAAGCUUGAGCUGUUUGCCGAUAUGUGCAAGGGGUCUGGACGAACCGACGAUGCAGUGCAGACCCUGAGGUCAAUAUGCACAAGCAUGGCUGAAGAUGGCAUCCUAAAGGAAGUUUCCGCCGCGUUGGCUUCUCAGGCCCCCACCAUAGCAUGGAAUAUGAAUGGCAAGUCCAGCAUGCUAUCCAGGACUCUCCGUUCAAUUGCCAAACUCGACAAGUCUUGGACGGAUUGGACAGUUUUCCUGCCUGAGACGGAGCGCGCCGCUGUUUUGGAGCAUCUGAUGCACCUCAGUACCGGCUCACGCAGCGCCCUGCAAUUCCACGACACGAAUAUGAAUGCCCUACUGCGCAUUUAUACCCCUGACAAGUAUCCUAUUCGACGGCUGCGCGUGCUGCUUCACGUUUUGUAUCAAAACUUGGGCAACGAGGAUGAAGUGGCGGCUAUUCAUCCUCAUCUGCAAGUCUGCCUUCGCCAAGCUGAGACACAGGACAAGGCCGAGGACGAAGGCCUGGCUGGCUUCAUGCCGCAUCUAUUGAAUUGGCAUCAUAGCGUACAAGCAGUCUUGGAUGCGGACGAACUCUCCAAGUCUGCCGUCCCAGAGGCUAUCGACACUUGGGCCAAUAUGAUUGGAUCCUGCCCAAUGGAGAGCAGCAUCUACAAGGUGAUUGACGAUCCCGAAGCGCUUCAAGACUACCUGCAGUCUCUUGGACACCUAGCUGGUUUGAGGGGCGAACGCCUUUUGCAGCUCAAGAUUUUGCAGCUGUUGGUAUCGCUCUCCAAGAUCUUUGCCGGCCACGGGCAAACGGUAAACAGUGCGCUCAUUGUCCGCCAGAGCCAGCUUGCUUCUCAGUACAUCAGUACUGGUCUCUACACGAAAGCGCUAGACGCCCUGGACGAGGCCAAAGGACUGCUUCAGCAGCAGGAUGAGGUGGCACCCAACGUCAGCGUGGCGUAUAACCUGGCGCAAGCCGAAUACUUUGCCGGCAUUGGGAAUAUGGAUGAUGCGAACCUUUCUAUUUCUGAACUCAAUGCUGUCUGUCGCCGCUCGCAGUCGUCAUGGGCCCCGAAUAAAGCUCAGGCAACUACGACAGUCUGCUUGGUGUCGCUUCUGCAGUCGUCCCUCUCUCUACAGUCUGGAAACGUGGAAGAAGCUUUGAACCAUAUCAAGCAAAGCGUGCGCAUGCUCUCGCAUGACUGGACGAAGCUUGAAUCUGCUGUUGGUGGCAAUGACUCAACCCUAUCCGACACAAGCCUGGACUCUGUUUCAGUCAAGGACGUCAGAGCCACCCUUGUUGGACCACGAGUCUGGGCUCUAGCAGUUCCUCUUAUCCGCAGCUUGCUCCAUAUUUCUUCUGUUUAUGCUCACAUUGGCAUGUUCCAGGAGACCAUCUACUACGCUGACACUGCCUCCAAGAUUGCCGCCAACUCGCAAUCGACUCUCUACAAUGCCGAGGUGGCUGCAUGGACCGGUUCGAUCUAUCUCCGAGGGGGAGACCUAGAAAAGGCUGCCUCUCGCUUCCAAGUGCUGGCGGAAAUGAUGCCCGAGGAUAUGUCGGCGUCCAAAAUUCGCUUUGCGCAAAUGCUUGGAGAAUAUUACUCGCACAUUGGCGACAAUGACAAGGCGCUGGAAUACCUACAGGUGGCUGAGAUUGGCACUCGCGGUCUCAACGACGAUACGUCUUUGAACAAGGAGGAAGAAGCCAGUGUGCCCGAGGUAGCUGCACCGGCACCUUCUCGAACUAAAUCUACACGGACGACAAGGCCCAAGACACCCGCCAAGCCCCGAGCAACCAAGCGCUCUGCGGCAACAUCGAGAACCGUCACGCCGGUGCCCCGACCUUCUCCGCAGCCCACUGAUGUUUUCCAAGCCUCUCUUCUCGCCUCGGUGCUUCUCUCUCGUGCCAGCGGCCUGAUUCGCCAGCAAGACUGGACUGCCGCACUAGCUCUGCUCAAGCAGGCCAAAGAACUGCCAAAACACGACAUAACGGCCUACCAAGAGCAGGUCGCAACAGCGACGUCGCUCAUCGGACAUAGCAUGGAGCAGAUAAUUUCAGACCCCGUCUUUUCCGUGAUUCAAGACUCGACCAUUUCCUUCCCGUCCAUUGCUGGACUAGUAGAGAAGGUUAUUGCCGAAGGCUGCUCGCCAUUCAAGUCGCCCGCUAAGCGAGGGCGAGCAGUCGCGGCAAGCCGCGGCAAGGCGGCCAAGGAUGAAGAUGUCCCGGCUUUUGCCGACGCACUGAAGCAGGCGCAAGAAUUACUCGCCGAAGCUCACUCGUCGGCCAUGAUGAAAUCGGACAGCAGCAUGGUCCGACGCAUCUCGGCCAUGCUCCAGAAUACCAUCAUUCUCCUGUCUGCUACGUCUGGUGCAAAACACAGGUCCAUUGCCCAUUCUGGAUUGGCUACUGUUGCAGUCGACUUGGCUCACAAUGUUACCUGGCGCAGAGAACAAAAGACUCUUGCUGCAACGACAGCAGUCUCUGAAGAUGCUAGUGAUAGAAACGGCGCUGGUCCUCGCAGGGCUAGCUUGGCCCCGGCGUCGGACAUGGCCAACUUUCAAAAGAGUUACAUUGAGAUGGUACCCAAAAACUGGCGCGUCAUCUCCGUGUCUCUCAGCGACAACCAUCACGACCUGUGUCUGACCAAGUUCCAGGCUGGCCACAGUCCGUUUAUCCUUCGUCUGCCGUUGGAGCGAGCCAAUUCCCGCGACGCCGACUGUGAGAUAUACAACUUUGAGCAUGGCAAGGAGGAGCUUCUCGACAUUAUCAAACUCGCCAACGAGACAAGCCACUCUGCGCGCGACUUUUCGCUCAAGGGCGAGCGAAAUGCCUGGUGGGCCGAGCGCGAGGCUCUCGACACGCGCCUCCGGGAGUGUCUGACGCAGAUUGAGACGACCUGGCUGGGUGGUUUCAAGGGCAUCUUUUCGCAGCAUCAGCGCCGGUCCGAUCUCUUGGCUCGUUUCCAGAAGAACGUGCAAAAGAUGCUCGACGCUCACCUGCCCUCGCGCAACCAGCGACGCGGCAAGAAGACGGCCAAGCCGGGCGUGACGCUGGAUCCGCGCAUUCUCGACUUGGUUAUCGGCCUCGGCGACCCUACGGAUGAACCCGACUGCGACUUUGACGAGGCGCUCAACGACUUGCUUUACUUUAUUGUGGAUAUCCUGCAAUUUCACGGCGAGCGCAACGCGUACGAUGAGAUUGACUUUGAUGCCAUGGUUGUCGAAAUGUACGACGCCCUCAAGGGUUACUACGGCGCUCUAGACGGCGCGAGAGCGCGUGAAGCCGGCGCGCACACGAUCCUGGUACUCGACAAGGCCCUGCACGCGUUCCCCUGGGAGUCGCUGCCCUGCAUGGACGGCCUGGCCGUGUCUCGCGUGCCGUCGCUGGCAUGCCUGCGUCAGCUGAUUACCGAGUCCAACAUGCCACCCAAAGACAAGACGGCCUCGGACACCGUCCUCCCCGGCCACUACGUCUCCGCCACCGCCGGCACCUACAUGCUGAACCCGUCGUCGGACCUGGCCAACACGCAGACGUUUUUCCAAACGCCCUUUUCCGCGGCGCUACCCGGCUGGACGAGCAUCGUCAACCGGGUGCCGCACGAGGACGAGUUUGAGCAGGCGCUCCGGCAAUCCGACGUGUUCCUCUACUUUGGCCACGGUAGCGGCGCGCAGUACAUCCGCGGCAAGACGAUUCGGCGGCUGGCCAAGUGCCGGCCCGCGGCCUUUCUCAUGGGCUGCAGCUCGGCGGCGCUCACGGAAGCCGGCGAAUUUGAGUGCUACGGCCCCGUGUGGAACUACAUGAUGGCCGGCUGUCCCGCCGUCGUCGGCACGCUCUGGGACGUGACGGAUCGCGACAUUGACCGCUUCGCGGGCCGCACGUUUGAGCAGUGGGGGCUGUUUGGCAAGGGCACCUUCUUCCCGGAGGAGUCGCCGGCCGAGCAGCAAGACCCGGUCAAGCAGUCGCUGGUCGAGGCGGUGGCGCAAUCGAGAGACGCGUGUCGCUUUCGGUACCUCAACGCCGCGGCCGUCGUCGUGUAUGGUAUCCCGGUCUAUGUCCGGUGA